GGCCAUGACGGCGCGCGGGACCCCGAGCCGCUUCCUGGCCAGUGUCCUCCAUAACGGGCUGGGGCGCUACGUACAGCAGCUGCAGCGUCUCAGCUUUAGCCUCAGCCGCGAUGCGCCGUCGUCUCGUGGCGCCAGGGAGUUCGUGGAACGAGAGGUGGCCGACUUCGCCCGACGGAACCCGGGGGUCGUGAUAUACGUGAACUCGCGGCCGUGCUGUGUGCCCAGAGUAGUGGCCGAAUACCUUAACGGGGCAGUGCGCGAGGAGAGCAUCCACUGCAAGUCAGUCGAGGAGAUUACGACGCUGGUGCAGAAGCUGGCGGACCAGUCGGGCUUGGACGUGAUCCGCAUCCGCAAGCCCUUCCACACGGACAGCCCUAGCAUCCAGGGCCAGUGGCACCCCUUCACCAACAAACCGACGACGUUGGGUGGGCUGCGCCCGCGAGAGGUCCAAGAUGCUGCCCUAGCCCAGGCGCAAGUGCCAUGAAGAGGUGCCCACCAACUCCAGUACCCAGGCUUUGGACUCUUACCCCAGUGGAGGUGGUUCUUCCUCUUUGGGUUCAGGGGAUUCCAAGCCCACACAGGCAGAUAGAGCCCACCAAAAGGGAAACUGAUGCCAAAGCUUUUGCUUGGGAUAAAGAAGAGCUGUCUUUUCGUUGCUUAUGAGGCAGGGCAGUGACUUUGUUCGUCUCCUAAUUCUUCCCCAUUUGAUAUCCCUGAAACCUGACUCUUCAAGGAUAUUACAGGCAUUUAUUUCUGAAAUCCAGAUUGAUAACAGUGAUCUCAAAUCCCAGCGAGCGCUUUCAAGAUUGGCAUCUGAAGAAUCCCCCGUGUCCUUUUUCUGUAACCAUUGAGCUAGAGAGCUAGCAUCUUCCACCCUGCUGUGGACCUGGCAUUAGGAUAAUCACUUUAUAUCCGUGUGAAUGUUUAGAUUAGAAAACUGAGGUUAAUAAACAUGUUCGAGGUUA